CCCAGCGAUGGGAAAGCUUGUGCGAAAGCAACAGCAAGAAAUGGGGAGAUUGGGAUUUAUUCUCGUACUGCCAUUGGCCAUAAGCCUAGUCUUUACUGCGUCUGCGCAGGCUGUGACGUCAUCGCCGGUCCCGAAGGACAACACAUUGGGGGAUGCUGCGUUGGCAUCGCAGGCAACAGCCAAAAUCCUUGAAGACGUCCAAACCAUCAGCGCAGUUCAGGAUUGGAGUUUGCUGUGUAAAGAGCUCUGCGGAGCCGGCCUGGGCUUAGCUUUAACGCCUGAUGGGCCCAAGGACUCGAUCCUGAGACCGGAGUUGGAUGUGGCCAAGUGCCGGCAACUGUGUGGACUGCCUAGGGGUGGCGUGGGCGACUUGGUCUGCUCGAGCUUCUGCGGGCAGAGAGGUCGCUCCUUACCCGGCUGCAGUCCCUGCCAGCAGGAGGUGCGCAGGAUGAGGAAUGAGAAGGUUCUAAAGAACGAGACGAAGGCCAGUGGAGUGCAGGGAGAUCCAACACACGGUUCCAGCACCGGGGGUAACAUCCUCCAGAGAUCAAUUGAGGAAACUACAAUAACAACAACAACAACAGUAGCCUCCGUGGUAGCCGGGUCAGAUACGGAUACCACCACUCCGGCCCCGGACUGGGACGAAGUGUGCAAGGUGCUCUGCAAGACUGGCGAUGGCGGGUCUUUGUGCAACUGUGAUUUAUCGCCGUUCUUCAGCUGAGCGAUCCCCACCUUCCUGAGGGGAUCGCUACCGAUGGAGGCGCUAAAUCACAAAACCAUUAUAUAUAGAUCGAGAAUUAUAUAACGUUUUGUUGUUCUUCGUUUUUGGACUUCAGUUAGUGCUAGUGUUUUCUUCACGAAAGGUAUCUCCCAUAUAUCUUAUAUAUCGGAAAACUUGUUACAAGAGUUUAGUUAAAUGCUGUAAAGACAUAUAAAAAGUAUAAGAAAAUCUAAAAAAAACAAAAACAACAAGAAUCAUAGACAAGAUUAUACGAGGAGGAGGAGAAAAGCAAAAAAAAAAAGAUCCCUAUGCGAAUCAAUUAAUUUGUAACUAAUUUCAAUUACUAACUAAAGCUAUAGGCUAAGAAAAAGGAGACGGGCAGCCGUCUCUUUAAAAACAGCAAGAUCACAAAGGGCUUCCAGUGGGCCGUCUAGGAGGAUUAGGGUCUUUAUACCAAAUGGGAUCCGAAUUCACCAGGGCGGACACAACCCCUAAUUAGGUGAUGAUGAUUAGUUCAAGGAGUUGGACUAAGGAGACAGAAGUUAAGAGAUAAACAACCAAUUAAUAUCAAAGUACACAACAUAUCGUGGUAUAUACUGUACCCAAAACACUCUACACUUAAAGAAAAACCCAAUCAGAUAAAUUUUUAUUAUAUUACUUACACCUUGGUUCGAUGGAAUCAGCAUAUCAAUUUACCACGAGGCAACACACAAGUUGGUAUCCAAAGAAUUUCCUUUGUUUUGGCUUACAAGUUAUUGGCGAAUCAAAAGCGUUGAGAUAUUUGAAUCAGCAUCAAUUAUGAAUGUCGCAAUUAGGCCAAAGUGCCAACCAAGAGUUUAGUGUUGGUUACGGCCCUAUAAACAUAUGAAUAUAAACACUAUACAUGUACUUACUAACUAACAAAUAACAAAUGUAAUUGGUCUAUAUAUAUCCAUACAAUGAGUUGCGAUUGCAAAUCAGAAGCUCAGACGGGUUAUACUGGAUCUACCAGACCCGUAUAUACAUAAUAUAUAUAUAUUUAUAUAUAUAAACCAUAAUAUCUAGGUGUCAUAUUGUUCAGCAUUAAUAAUCGCAUAUAAAAAAGAUAUUAUAUGCAUAUUAUCUGUGUGUUUGGAAGACAUUUUUUCGCAUUGCAUUGAAAUGGAAGACAAUUUCAGCAAAACGCAUUCUGGAAGACAUGCGUUGCGGCAGCGGCAACAAGAUCCGGCCCAAUGCCAUUAUAGUUAUUAAGAUAUUCUAUACAAUACUAUAAUAAUAAUAACAUUUUCGAUUUUUCGAACUCGAAGAUAUAGUCAAUACAAAAGCACACGUUGUUGUGGCAAACGCGACGCUGUGACUGACAAUAAUUAAACUAUAACUUAGGAGGAGAAGAACAGGCAAGGAAGUUCACAUACUCAGUGUCUAUAUACCAGUAACUAAAUGCUAUUAUUAACCAUGCACUAAAAUAUAUAUAUAUAUGUAUUGCACCAAAAGUUAUAACAGAGAUUAUCGCAAUGUUUAAGGCAAUUUUCAGAGCACAUUCAUUGAUAACCUAAUGCGGCUUCAGUAUGUAUAUCGAUGUGUAGCAAGUUAAUCACUCAGUAAUACUAUAUACGAAAUGCACUUUACAUUUAUGUAUAUGUAUAUGUGUUAGGCGUUGCGUUUCUGCCAUGAAUACAGAACACAGGCUAACGAACCGAUCACACGGAUUAUGCCGGAAUAAUAUCCAUAAUCCAUAAUAUUUAUAACCAACAGACACAUCAUCAUCAAUUACGAUAACCGAGUCGAAGACCGUUUCGAACCGAUUAAAUACCGUUUCCAAGUUUCGUUUUAUUUUAGUUUUAUGUCUUAUGGCCAGGCAAUAUUCCAAUCGGUUAUAUCCUCGGUCAUAGUCAAAAUAAACACAGCAAAAUAAUAGUUUUAAAGGCAAUUUCACAACAAAAUAACCAAAGCAAACAACUACACAACCAAAUAAAGGCAAUUAUUAUCUUAUAUACGUUAAAUGUUGUAAAGCCCCUCUAAACAAAAAAAAGAAACAAAA